UUUACUCAUCUACCACACAAAAAUCAAUUCACAAGAAAUGAGUGCUCCAAGUUCAGCAAUUCUCUCUAUUCUCUUCACUCUCCUCUUCUAUGUUUUCUGGGCAACUUCAUAUCCAACCCAAGAUGCCUUUCUCCAAUGUCUUUCUAGAAAUUCUCAAACCUCCUCACCAAUUUCUGAAAUCACCUACACACCCAACAAUUCUUCCUACCCCUCCGUCCUCCAAUUCUACAUAAGAAACCUCAGGUUCGUGUCAUCUUCAACCCCAAAACCACUACUCAUCAUAGCCCCAACACAUGUUUCUCACAUCCAAGCCUCAAUAAUCUGCUCCAAAUUGCAUAAAUUGCAGAUAAGAAUCAGAAGUGGAGGCCACGAUUUCGAUGGCCUUUCCUAUGUCUCAGAUGUCCCUUUUGUGAUCCUUGACAUGUUCAAUCUAAGAUCAAUCAAAAUCGACAUAGCAAAUGAGGUUGUGUGGGUUGAUUCAGGAGCUACACUAGGCGAACUUUUCUAUAGAAUUGCUGAGAAGAGCAGAGUCCAUGGCUUCCCAGCUGGUGUUUGUCCCACGGUGGGUGUUGGGGGCCACUUCAGUGGAGGAGGGUAUGGGAAUCUGAUGAGAAAGUAUGGACUCUCGAUUGAUAAUGUCGUCGACGCAAUUGUUGUUGAUGUGAAUGGCAGAGUUUUGAACAGAGAAUCAAUGGGUGAAGAUCUGUUUUGGGCUAUUAGAGGUGGUGGCGGUGCUAGUUUUGGUGUCAUUGUUUCAUGGAAAGUCAAGCUUGUUCGUGUCCCGGAAAAUGUCGCUGUUUUUAGAGUUGAGAGGACAUUGGAACAAGGAGCAACCAACAUUGUUUAUCAGUGGCAAUUAAUAGCUGAUAAGAUUGAUACAAAUCUUUUUAUCAGAGUUGUUUUGAUGCCUUCAAUUAAAAAGGGGUACAACACAGUGAGGGCUAAAUUUGUGGCCUUGUUUCUUGGAAAUGCUGAUAGACUCUUUAGUCUAAUGACUGAAAAGUUUCCUGAAUUGGGUUUGAAGCAAAAAGACUGCAUUGAUAUGAGUUGGGUUGAAUCAUUGCUCUACUGGUACAACUAUGCAAAUGGGACUUCAACAAAAGUUCUGCUUGAAAGAGUGACUCAAUCCGACAAGUGCUCGAAGAAGAAAUCAGACUAUGUGCAGAAACCCAUCUCAAAAACUGAUCUCGACAAGAUUUGGAAGAGAAUGAUGGAAUUGAAGAAGCCGGUGAUGACAUUCAAUCCAUAUGGUGGAAGGAUGAGUGAGAUUUCAAAGUCUGAAACUGCAUUCCCUCAUAGAGCAGGAAAUGUGUACAAAAUUCAGUACUCAGUGAAUUGGAAAGAAGAAGGGGUUGAAGCUGCAAAUCACUAUCUGAGUUUGAUUAGGGGGCUUUAUGAUUACAUGACACCUUAUGUGUCUGAAUCACCAAGGUGUUCAUAUCUCAACUACAGAGAUAUUGAUAUAGGCGUUAAUAAAAAUGGUCAUACAAGCUAUGAAGAGGCCAGUGUUUGGGGGACUAAGUAUUUCGAGGGCAAUUUUGAUAGGUUGAUAUCUGUGAAAAGCAGAGUGGAUCCAGAGAAUUUCUUUAGGUAUGAACAAAGCAUUCCAUCUCUUGCAAGUUGGAACAAGAAAAUGGUUGCCUAAGGGCAACAUGGUAAUUUGCAUUAUAAUUACUACUAGUUAGCUGAUUAGGUGUCUUAUGGUUCAGGGUGUAUUUAUUGUUUUCAUUUGUUUAUAUGUUGUAAUAUCUGUUGUGACUUGUAUUCAAUUCCUCUUAAACACAAUGGAGGACUUUCUAUGUGUAACUAUAUGGAUGGAAUUCAUGUUUAUCUUACCUUAAUUUUUAUUCCGA